CCACGCUCCAACGGUCAUAUUUCCCCUUGAAACCCUAAUUACAUCUCUCUUUAUAAAAACUCCACACCUCGGCGCAUACAACAUCUCUUCUGUUUCUCCCUUUUCAAUCUUUCUGUGUCCCAAGUUUACUAGUUUACUCUCUCUCUCUCAUCUUCAAUUCUCAUUCGCCGGCGUCAAUUAAAGAAAGCUCUCCGGCGACCAACAUCAGUUUUCCGAUACCAUUCUAAAUUUCACAACUCCAAAUGGAAACCCCAUCAUCAACCACAAGGGUCACAAGAUCACAAGCCUUGGCUUCUGCAAACAGUAACAACAACAUACCCAUGUCGAGGAAAAUUGAAGAAUCUGAAAAGGGUGUUUCAAAAUCAAGACAGAGAAGUGUGCAACAACAAGAUAGGUCUGCUUUGAUUGAUAUAACAAAUGAUUCGCCCAUUGUUGGGCUUGCAAUGGGAAGCUUAACCCCAUCAUCAGCAAUGUCCAAGAAGAAGAGCAACAGCCAAGCCAAUCACAACACUCCUGGUUCUGGAGAGGCCUUGUUGAGGGGUCAAGUGAAGACCCUCCUGCAAAGGGUCGAAGAAGAAGCCGAGCUCUCGAAACUCUCCUUGGAGCACAGACCUUUCAGUCACCUUGUCCAAUCUCCAAUGGGACUUCUUGCCCCUACUCCGGCGAAUACACCCGACGUCCUAAACCUCUCCGGCAAUGAAGAAACCUUCAAGAACAUUUGUUUGGCCUCGGUUACCCCUUCUCCAAUCCAAGAACAGUUUGAGAUUUCUCAGAUGGAAAUUGAAACAUUUGAUGUGAAGGAGGAGGGUCUUGAAUCUGAGAAGAGUUUGAUUACGAGGUCUUUGCUGUUGGACUUUUCUGAUAAAUCAGACGGUUCUGAUUCAUCCCAUUGUUCCUCUGUGCUGACAUACAUUGGAGGAGGAGACAUUGGAAGUGUAGAGAAGUCAAAUACAGAUGAUGACAAUGCCUCUGCUUGGUCUAUGCAAGUCAAUGCUAGUAGUUCCGGGUAUGGAGAAGAGGAUAAUGAAGGAAUUGAGGAAGUUGAAGAGGAGGAGGAGGAUGACUAUGAAGAUUAUGAAGAAGAAGAUGAAUAUGAUGAAGGGUUGGUUGAUGAAUUGUGUGAAGGGCUGAAUAAGAUCAGUGUGAAUGGAGAGAAGAAAAUGGCGAAAUUUACGGGUAAACACACGCGGUUUGUGUACAACAGCGAUGGUGAGCUUGAAGGAGAAGAAGAGUGUGGUGGUGAGAAAGAAGAAUCGUCGGCUGUUUCGCCUUGUGUCUUGCGUUUGAAGGGCUUGCCAACACCAAAUGGAAAGCACCUGCGAUUCCCUGAAGAGUUGGAAGAAGAUGAUCACUGAAUUUUGGUUCUAUAAAUGUGGUGGCUCUGGCCUCUAAGGCCUUCUUUUUUGUGGAUUAAUUGUUGAUGGUUGUCUUCCUUGUGACACCAUAUGUUUGCCAUCUCUGCUACUUGUUUUUUGUUUUUGGUCCAACUUUUUAAGUUUCAAUUCUGUUUUGAAUUGUGAUAUUGGGGAGUUCAGUCUUUGACUGAUGGGGGGGUGGAGAAAGAAAUUUUAGCAGCUGUGUUUACAGGUUAAUUUGAUUGAAUACUCAUUCCAAUUUUACUUCAAUUGUGUGAAAGUAAUUUUUGUUUUUGCAGCUCA